UCUCCCCUCUUAACCCUCGUCUGUUCACCUCCCCCCUCCUCCGACGUUGGCGUACCACAUCUUCCCGCGUGGCUUCUCUACCACCGGCCUUACCUCUCCUUAGACCCUCCACCCUCCCUAGGACCCACUCACACGCGCACACACUCUCUCCCCGGUCCUCCCCGUCAUUUCCCAUCGACCGUCGACCCGUGAGCCGUCAUGGCUCACUAUCGAGAGGGCCCCUACCAAGAGGGCCCCUACCAAAACGGCCACUACCAGAACGGUCCCCCCAACGGCUACACCCCCUUGCGACGCAUGCCCAGCUACAACGAGGGCGAUGAUGCCGACUUGCAGCUGCCACGUCCCGACGGUGGCUACGGCCCCAGAUCCCCGCCGCGCGUGCGUCCACGGGCGUCUACCCACGCUCCCGUCUAUCAGCAUCCGGCCUCCUCUUCCUCCUCCUCCCACCAUUAUCAGUACACCGCGUCCGCCGCCUCGUCCUCCUCCCCUUACAACCCCCAACAGUACCCCACCCCGACCGCCACCCCGACCUCCCUGGGCUAUAGUCCCCUCGCUUACACCGGUCCCGCCCACCACCAUCCGCCCUACAACCCCGCCGCCUACCAGGCCACUGGCGCCCCCGCCUUCCUCCCGCGCCCGCCCAGCCUGCCUUAUCCCCAGACCCCGCUGUCCCCCACGCAACCCCUGCCGCCGCCUCCGCCCCCGCGCGGGCCGGAUCACCCCUAUGGCGGUCGCGGUGUUUACGGCGUCGCUGCCCCCGGGACCCCAUACGGCGUCUCCCCGCCCCCCGUCACACCCCGGUCCGCCGCCACCCCCAUCACAUACGGCCCCCAAUCCCCACGCUGGGCUGAACAUCCCAUCGAGGACCACCCUCCACCGCCCCCCGUACAUGCCGCACCCGUGGAGGACCCCGCCGCCAAACGGGGGAGCCUUCCACGCGUCGGCUCCGGCCGCGCUCUGCCCACCCCGCCCCUUCCCCCGCGGCGCACCGACACCCUGACACGUCACCCGCAAGCCAGGCCCCUGCCCGGCCCGCCCGUCGCCGAAGAUCGCGAUGGGGGCCCGCCGCCCGCUGCCUACGACGAUCUGAUGCGGGAAGUCGAGGCCGCCGUGCAGGAAUCCCGCGGGGCCAGUGACGACCACAAUAACCACGACGACGACGCGCUCACCGACCUGACCCCGGACGAGACGCACACCCACACCAACGGCAACAUCUCUACGGGAACCGGCCAAUACGUCAAUUAUGACGCCUACAGCGAUGACAGCGACGCAGAGGCCGCCGCCGGCCUCGCUAUGAUGCAGAUGGCCGACGAGGAGGACCGCGCCCUGGCUGAGCGUCGAGCCCGCCGCGACACCGACGCCGGCGCCCCGGCCUCCCUGCGCAGUGCCCACGGGUCCCACUCCUCAGGUCGCGCCGCUGCCGCCGCCGGGUCUCCGACGCCGGCGGCGCCCACCGACUCCGACGACUCCAACGAUUACGACUACCCCGCCGACCCCCCCGCCUUCUUUCCCGCCUUCACCCCGUACCAAGCCCGCGUCGAUUAUGGCGGCACCGGCGGCCUCGCCGACCCUACCGCCUACGGCCGGCGUGCCGGCGACCACCCAGCCGACGAGGCCCACGACGAGGACGAGGACGAGGAAGAGGACGAGGUGGAGGAGGGAGAGGAGGGGGAGGAAGAAGAAGCGGAGACGGCCUGGUCGCCCGCCGGUAGUGCGGGCGCCGGCUCCGACGCCGGGGAUAGUGGGCCCGAGGACCUGUUCUUCCACCCGGGCAUGCGCCCCCUGCCGCCCGCCCCUGUCGAGCCCGCUCCUGGCGUGCUCGCCCACCUGGUCCCGGCGGGCACCUACCGCCGCCCCCUGCCGAUAGACCUGCCGGCCUCGUCGCCUGUGGUGACGACCGGGGAUCCCGCCGAGGUCGCUAGCCCCUCGCAGGUGCCGCGAUCCUCGUCCCUCUCCACGCACCCCAUCGCACCGCGCGCCGAAACUCCCACCCGCUCCAAGACCGAUGCCGACCGCGCCCGCUACAAGCCCUUGCCCAACCCCCAGGACCCCACCACCGCCCGCCACACCCUACCGUCCCCUGAGUACGUUGCGCCCGCUACCCCCGCCGACGCGGCCCCCACCCCCCCCGCCGUGGCCCUCGACUUACCCACCAUCCCCGCCGGCCGCCGCAAGCGGCCCAACCUCGCCAAGCUCUCUUCCGAUCACUUCCGCCGCUGCGCCGAGCCUUGGGCCGUCAGCGCCGUCCUCGCCUGGAUCCGCGAGUUGUGCGAGGAUGAGACCGACCUGCGCCAGCAGGCCGUCGUGGACGCCCUCGUCGCCCUCUUCACCCACAAGGUCCCCACCAUGAACGUCGCCGACGCCGAGACGCUCGCUGCCCGCGUCGUCGCCGGCAUGCGCGCCGCUGGCGCCCUGGUCCCCGACGAGGAGUGGGUCAAGUUCGGCCCUGGCACCCUGUCGGGUGUGCUCGUCCCCAUCACCGGCACCGGCUGUUACGCUCCGCGUCUGCACGAGUUCGCCCCCGAGGGCGCCUACGGCCGUUGCUACGCCCACCACUGCAUGCGCACCCUUAAGAAGGUCAACCUGCGGGCCCAGCCCAUGGCGGCCCAGGAGAAGGCUGCGGACUGGGUGACCUUCUACCGCGUCCCUAAGGAGGUCUGGGAGGCCCACCCGCGCAAGGAGAUCGACCGCCAGAACAACCUGCAUGAGAUCGUCACCACCGAGGACGCCUUCAUCGCCCAACUCGACGUCCUGCGAGAGCUCUACCGCGACCAACUGCGCGCCAUGCAGCCGCCUCUCCUCCCCACCAAGCGCCUCCCCAAGUUCCUGCAGGACGUCUUCGGCCGCGUCGACGCCGUUAAGCGCGUCAACGAGGACCACCUGCUGGCCCAGCUCAAGUACCGUCAGAAGGAGCAGGGCCCCUUCAUCGCCGGCUUCAGUGACCUCUUCCGCGAGUGGAUCCGCAAGGCCCGCGCCGUCUACGUCGACUACGCCGCCACCUUCCCCCACGCCAGCUACCUAGUGCGCCGCGAGGCCGACCGCAACGUCGCCUUCCGCGCUUUCCUCGGCCAGGCUCGCGAUCACAAGCGCUCCAACCGCCUCAGCUGGGACACCUACCUUAAGGCCCCCAUCACCCGGAUCCAGCGCUACACCCUGCUGCUGACCACUGUCCACAAGAACAUGGUCCGCGACUCGGAGGAGAAGGCGAACCUGGCCCAGGCCAUCGAGGAGAUCCGCCUCGUCGCCCUCGACUGUGAUCAUAAGGUCGGUGAGACCGCCCGGAAGGUCGACUUGAUGGAGCUGGGCGCGCGUCUGCAAUUGCGCCCGGAUAUGCGCAAGGAGGUCGAGCUGCACCUCGAGCACCUCGGCCGCGAGGUCAUCCACCGCGGCGACCUGCAGCGCCCAGGCACCCGCACCCGCUUCCUCGUUGACUGCCACGCCAUCCUCUUCGACCACUACCUGGUCCUGGCCAAGCGCUCCCGCACCGUCCGCCACGAGUGCUACGACGUCUCUAAGUUGCCCAUCCCCAUGGACCUGCUCGCUCUCGAGAGUACCACCGACGACCCCGUCGUUAAGUCCUCCGUCCGUGGUGUCACCACCGUCACCCAGCCCCAGGGCCUCGGCGCCGGCGCCAUGGCCCCGCUCGUCGGAGGCAGCGGGGGCGGCAGCGGCAGCGGCAGCAGCGGCGGGGGCCACACCCUCGUACCCGCCACCGUGCUCGAGAGCUCCAAGGACGACAAGGUCCUCUACCCCUUCAAGAUCAAGCAUCUGGGCGUCAACGGCAGCUAUGUCCUCUACGCGGCCUCCGCCCGAGAUCGCCGCGACUGGUGCGAGAAGAUUGUCGAGGCCAAGACCCGCCACGCCGCCGCGCUCUUCGCCCAGAAUGCCGAGCCCUUCCGUCUGCGCGUGCUAGCCGACACCGCCUUUGCCCCCUCGGACCAUUCCAUGCCCACCCGCGGCGUCGCCAUCACUGGCACCCCGCUGGACCGUGCCAUCCGCGAGGUCGAGCGCCGCUACCCCGCCGGCCGGCCACGCCCGCCCCCCGUUUGCCGUACCACCGUCCACUGCGCCACCGUCUUCGAGCAACCCCCCGGACGCCGCAUGUGCGCUAUCGGUACUGACUAUGGCGUCUACCUCUCCGCCUACGACGAUCCGCGAGGUUGGACUCGCGUCAUCCCCGUCAUCCGUGUCACCCAAAUCACCGUUUUCGAGGAGUUCAACCUGUUCCUCCUCAUUGCCGACAAGUCCCUGAUCGCGUAUCACCUGGACGUGGUCUGUCCGCCGAGCGGGGUGGCUUCACAGACCACGGCGGAUUCGGCCCGUCGGGCGCCGCAGAAACUGUCCGGGGCCCGCGAGGUUGGCUUCUUCGCGGCGGGCCACAUGAAGGACCGCACACUGGUAAUGUACAAGAAGCGGGAUGGCCUGUCGUCGACUUUCAAGGUGCUGGAGCCGGUCCUCCAGAAGUCGGCGUCCAGCCGCAGCCGCUUCUUCACGUCGCGCCGCGCGCAGACCGACUUCUUCCGCGAGUACGACGAGUUUUACAUCCCCGCCGAAAGCUAUGGGAUCAACAUGUUCCACUCGUCGCUAGCCAUUUCCACCCACCGCGGUAUCGAGAUCCUGACCAUCGACAAGAAGCAGACUUGGUCGGUGCCGGACUUCCGUACCGAGGCGCCCGAGGCGCAGGCUCAGCUGCAGAGCAUCGCGCAGCGGAUCACCGGUCUGCGGCCGCUGGGCAUGUUCCGGCUCAGCGACAGCGAGUUCCUCGUCGUCUACACCGAUUGCGCCGUCUACGUGAACAAGCACGGCGACAUCUCCCGCAGCGUGGUGAUGGAGUUCGUCGGCCGCGCGAACUCGGCCUGUCUGUACGGCCGGUUCCUGCUACUAUUCGAUGACGACUUUGUCGAGGUUCGGAACGCCAUGAAUGGCCGCCUGCGCCAGGUCAUCCCGGGCCACGGCGUCGUCUGUCUGGACGACGGCAGCAGUCUCCCAGGUUCUGGCGCCAACAGCAUCCCUAUGCCCUCCGGGGGGAUGGUCAACCUGUCUAGUGGCUUAUCCAACGGUCCCGCGCUAGCCAAUAGCGGUCGCACCGUCAAGAUCAGCAUGCAGCAUCCGGAGUUCGAGCGCAGUCUAAUCAUCCUCGAAUUAAUCGAGAACGAGGGACAAAAGGACUGAUGCCCGCCUUUUUCUUUCUAUUUUGUUUUUUUCUUUUUUUAAUUUUACAAUGAAGUGAGGCGAUCAAGCGUGGUGUUGGUUUUGGUGAUGACUUGAUGUGCAUAUUAUACCCCAACCACUUUCUACCUCUCCUAUUCUCCAUCUCCAUUCGAUAUCACUGGAUGAAUGUAUUUUGAUCAUGUUUUGCAAACCCGUCUAGCAUAGAAAGACCCCGUACAGAUGAGGAGGGGCCAAGACCUCGUGUC